CUAUUCUCUGGGAGGGUCUCUGAGCAGUUUAUGAGUCUGCGCUGCCAUUCGGCGGACGCUCAGUGGCCCAUGAACUGCUUGGAUUUAACUGCUGAGCGGCUGGCUAACAGGUGGCGUUCAGGGCAAACAGUGGGAGCUCUGUGCUGAAGGGAACCAGCGGCAGCAUGUCGAGGAUCCACACUUGGUCACUGCUCCUGGUUCUCUGCGCCGGGAGUUUGGACGCUUGGUGGUUUAUUAUAGAGGCUGAACCCACGACCGAAAGCCCAACGGAGACCGCCACAGAAGACGCCACCACUCCUGGUGGUGUACCGACGCAGAAAGGGAAGGAGGACGGCAACUUGUCGAAGGUUGGGGAGGAAAUCCUCAAAGUAGCUACAGGAAUCCGUAAGUCUGUCAGCGACUGGGAUGAGACUACAACCGCCUGGACUACAAGUGGAGGCUUGACAGGGACGAUGGAGCCGGCUAAGCCCAACAUUACAGAUACAACAGAAGAAAACGGUGUGGAUUUGCACCAGCUGAUUGGAGAUCCCCCACCUGAUUCAAUAAUAAAAUUUACCGGGCCUUUGAGAGAACCUGCCUACAGGUUCACCUCCAAAUCGUCGUCAGGACAGCCGGCCCGGGCCCACGUCCCCACUCCCUUCUACAGGGACUUCACCAUCAUUUUCGCCCUUAGACCUACCACCCGUGCUGCCUCCGUCCUCUUCUCCAUCACGGAUAGCUCCCAGAAGUUCAUGUACAUCGGAGCGAAGCUCGGCGCAGAGCAGUCAGGUCGUCAGACGCUCCAGUUCUUCUAUACUGAACCCGAUUCUGAGGCUUCAUAUGAGGCGGCCAGCUUCAACAUGCCGAGUAUUGUCAGCUAUUGGAGGACCUUUGCCUUGUCUGUGUAUGACGAUCAAGUCAGAUUUUACCAGGAAUGCAGCAUGGCUCCACAAGUGGUGAGGUUUGAGCGCUCGCCUGAUCCGAUGGACCUGGAUGCAGGAAGUUGGAUCUUUGUGGGUCAAGCAGGAGGAGCUGAUCCAGACAAGUUUGAGGGUGAAAUUUCAGAGCUAAAACUUCUGAGAGACCCUAAGGCAUUUCGCGCCUACUGUGACUACGAUGAUUACCCAGAUGAAGGUUCUGGUGAAGGUGGCAGCGGUGAAGCUGACAGGAAACAGAGAGAAAACACUGUGAUGACUACUUCUCCACCCCUCCGUCCAGUCCCUAUGCCCCCACUUACAAACCCAAUAGGAUCCACUAUCGGAACUUCAGGAGCCAAAGGCGAGAAGGGGGACAGGGGAGAGAAAGGCUUCAAGGGCGACCGAGGUCCUGCGGGGCCGAAGGGGGAUUCGGGCAGCAGCUCGGGUUUUUCCUCGCAGGGGGGAGAACGAGGGGAGAAGGGAGAAAAGGGCGGAAAGGGUGAGUCUGGCUUUAGAUACCCGGGCAAAAAGGGGGAACGUGGUUCUCAGGGGCCCGCCGGUCCUCCUGGUCCUCCGGGACCUGCGGCCGAGGUCGUCAGACUCGGCGAUGGCUCUUUUGUGCAGCAGGUGGCUGGUCCUGCUGGACCACCGGGGCCACCAGGCCUGGAUGGGGCGGAAGGACCUCCAGGGACUGAUGGAGAGCCUGGUGAUCCUGGAGAGGAUGGAAAAGCUGGUCCUGCAGGGCCACAGGGUAUUCCAGGAACUCCUGGAACGCCUGGUAUAAAAGGCCAAAAGGGUGAAGUUGGGGAGGGUUCACCUGGACCAAGAGGUCCACCAGGUCUUCCAGGACCUCCAGGGCCGGGCACUGGUGAUCGUCCAACAUUUGUUGACAUGGAGGGAUCAGGAUUCCCAGACUUGGAAAAUGCCCGGGUUGUGCGUGGUCCCCCAGGGCCCCCAGGUCCCCCCGGCCCUCCUGGAAUCCCUGGCACUUCAGUAGCUAUCGGACCUGAUGGUCCAAUAGCCGUUGGACCUCCGGGACCACCUGGAAGAGAUGGAGCGCCUGGACUACCAGGGCCCCCUGGUCCUCGUGGUUUACCUGGUAGUCCUGGGCCCAGUGGAGGAAAGGGUGAUAGCGGUGAUCUUGGCCUUCCAGGUCCGGCUGGAGAAAAGCAGAACACAACGGACUCCAACCCUUUCAAUUACCUCUUCUCUUUCUUUGCUCCAUCCUCUACGGGUGCUCAGGGCGAUCCAGGCAGGACCGGCACGCCUGGGCAGUCUGGUCUGGCAGGACUUCCAGGUCCCAUGGGACCAGUCGGGCCUCCAGGGCCUCCUGGUCCACCAGGUCCACCGUUCAUCGCCGGCACCGAUCAAAAUCAUCUGCUAACUGCCUUCCCUGGCCUCAGAGGUCCACCUGGACCACAGGGUCCACCUGGCAUUGCUGGUCUACCUGGUAAGCCAGGAUUUCCAGGGAACCAUGGAACUAAAGGAGCUGAAGGACCCCGAGGACCUGCUGGGAUUCCAGGCAUCGACGGAUACCCUGGAUUACCAGGUACAAAGGGAGAUAGAGGAGAGAAGGGUGAGAUGGGUCGCCCGGGUCGAGACGGUGGACCACCCGGGCCACCUGGGCCUCCUGGACCACCAGGACAGAUUCGCUACCAGCCAUCAAGAGAUUUUAACGAGGUUUAUUGGAACGAUUUGGGACAGGGAGGAUCCGGACAUACGGGAUUGCCAGGAUCCAUGGGGCCAAAAGGAGACAAAGGGGACGCUGGUCCUCCGGGAUAUGCUCCUAAGGGACAGAAAGGAGAGCCUGGCAUCAUCAUGGGGUCUGACGGGAGACCUUUAUAUCUGGGAGGCCUGACAGGAAAGCCGGGUGAUAGAGGAUUUCCUGGCCCAGAGGGACCGCCUGGUCCUCAGGGUCCUCCUGGACCAAAGGGAGAGAUUGGGUUCCCUGGAAGAUCGGGUCGACCAGGAUUAAACGGCGUCAAAGGAGAUAAGGGAGACUCGGGCAGCGGGUCUGGAUAUGGUCACCCUGGCGUCCCAGGUCCUCCAGGGCCCCCUGGACCUCCCGGACCUCCCGGAGGGUUUGAUGAGUACUCACGGUACAACGCGGUUAAAGGAGACAAAGGUGAUCCCGGACCACCGGGAAUACUUGAAAUUCAAGGUCUCGGACCAGGCUUUGACUAUUUCUCUUUAAAGAAUCAGAUGAAAGGCGAGAUGGGCUUAAAAGGAGAGAAAGGAGAACCAGGCGGAGGAUAUUAUGACCCCCGAUACGGAGGAGGAGCAGUUGGCUCUCCAGGAGCGCCUGGACCUCAAGGCCCAAAAGGAGAAUCGGUUGUUGGUCCACCGGGCCCUCGGGGACCUCCUGGACCACCAGGAAGAGGCUAUGAUGGUCGACCUGGACCACCAGGGCAACCAGGGGUACCAGGACCUCCGGGGCCAUCCUUGUCUGGGCCCUACGGGGGAACACAGGCUAUCAGUAUUCCUGGACCCCCAGGACCUCCUGGAGCUCCAGGUAUUCCAGGAUCCUUCUCAGGGGUGAUGACGUUUAGGUCUUAUGACACCAUGGCGGCCACAGCUAGAGGACAGCCUGAAGGGUCUCUGGUGUACGUUGUAGACCAAACGGAUCUCUACAUACGAGUCCGAGAUGGAGUCCGACAAGUUCAGCUUGGGAACUACAUUCCUUUACCAACUCAAGCUGGGGUGGCGGUGGAGGAGUCACCCCCAAUCAUCCAGACCCCAUCACAGCCAAGACCAGAGUCUGAUCCACGAUACCGUCCCGACACACGAUACCAGACAGAUCUGCUUUACCCACAGCCUUCAAAUCCCAGAUACCCGAGUUAUACGGACCGCUUCAACCAGCCAGACGGCCGCUUUUCAGACCCCCGAUACCCAGUCACCCGUCCUCAGAGACCCCCGCCUUCUGUUCCCCAGGCUCCAGUCCACAGACACGCCUCAGGACCGGCGCUCCACCUGGUUGCGCUAAACAGCCCUCAGACGGGUGGCAUGCGAGGCAUCUCCGGCGCAGAUUUUCUGUGCUUCAGCCAGGCCCAGAGCAUCGGGAUGAAGGGAACCUUCCGGGCCUUCCUGUCCUCCAAACUGGAGGAUCUCAACAGCAUCGUUUACAGCUCCAACAGGGAGAACAUACCAAUAGUCAACCUGAAGGACGAGGUUCUGUUUGACAGCUGGAACGACAUCUUCAGCAACGGCAGAAUGAAGGACGACGUGUCGAUCUACUCCUUCGACGGCAAAGAUGUUCUCCGAGACCGCACGUGGCCAGAGAAGAUGAUGUGGCACGGGUCGACCGGCGGCGGCCAGCGGCACGUCGACAACUACUGCGAGGCGUGGCGCGUCGGGGAACGGGCGGUGACGGGCAUGGCGUCGCCGCUGCAGAGCCGCAGCCUCCUGCAGCAGAACUCCGGCAGCUGCUCCAGCUCCUACGUCGUGCUGUGCAUUGAGAACAGCUACAUCCGCGACAGCAGAAGGAGAUAAUAGCGCCCCGGAGAGCUAGCAUGUAUUCCGAACACACUUCCGUCUGUCGUCGCACCGUUUGUGUUGCUCUGUAUAUAUGUUUUUAUCAUGAAUUAUCACGUUAUGUUUGUUUAACCUGGUUUUAUGGUGCUAAAGAGAAUCUUCCCACAUGUCAAGGUUGAACUCAGGUGACUUGCUCUUUACCAGCUAGCGUCCGUUUUUGUAAGGUUGCUUUCCUCUAGCUCUGAUUCAAACAACUUUAACACUGGCUUAAGUGACAGCUGUCAGUCAGUCCGACCAACUUCUAGACCCAGGGGCGGCUCUAGACAGGGGCCCACAGGGGCCAGUGCCCCUGUAGAAAUGGUCCUGGCCCCUGUACAAAAUACAUAAAUUAAAUAAACUUCUUACGAUUAUAUGCAUUGGUGAAGAAACCACACCUAAUUUGUCACUUUUACAAUUUUAUUGAUUUUUAAACCUAACAAGUGUUUAAAAAUCAAGGUGUUUUACUUUUAGCUUCAGCUGUAUUGAGCUGGGAUCACAG